GGACCCAAAUUUCUUCUGCUUUACAGUUUUGCAGAGGUCUAGCCCUGCAUCCAGUGCUGUGGCAAGGGCGUGGGAGAGGAGGAAAGAGGAGGGACUGCACUCCCUCUGAGCGUGUCCAGCCUCGACUGCCUGACGGAUCACUUUCCGCACCAACACCGCCAGUUCCUCCUCGCCGUGACUCAUGCCUAUUGUGCCAGGCAGGGCGCACUCUGCCCUGCAGCCCCACAGGUGGUAUCGACUAGGGGAGACUGUUCCCGCCAGGCUAGGCAGUGGAGCGCCGCACAGCGCGCCUUCCCGCCUCUCAACUGCUGCCCCAGCAGUUCCGACCCAGCGCCAGCAGGCCUGCUCGGUCGAUCUUCGAGCCGAAGAUGCGGCGGGGCUGGAAGAUGGCUCUGUCCGGGGGGCUACGGUGCUGCCGCCGUGUACUUUCCUGGGUGCCUGUGCUUGUUAUCGUCCUCGUCGUGCUCUGGUCCUACUAUGCCUACGUCUUUGAACUCUGCUUGGUGACUGUUUUGAGCCCAGCAGAAAAAGUUAUCUACCUCAUAUUCUACCAUGCCAUCUUUGUGUUCUUUACCUGGACCUACUGGAAGUCUAUUUUUACACUCCCACAACAGCCAAACCAGAAGUUCCACCUGUCCUAUACCGACAAGGAGCGCUAUGAAAAUGAAGAAAGACCUGAGGUCCAGAAGCAGAUGCUUUCUGAUAUGGCCAAGAAGCUACCAGUUUACACAAGAACUGGGAGUGGAGACGUAAGGUUCUGUGACCGGUGCCAUUUGAUCAAGCCAGAUCGCUGCCACCACUGCUCUGUCUGUGCCAUGUGUGUAUUAAAAAUGGAUCAUCAUUGCCCUUGGGUUAAUAACUGCAUUGGAUUUUCCAACUAUAAAUUCUUCCUUCAGUUCUUAGCUUAUUCUGUUCUCUAUUGCCUGUACAUUGCUACAACGGUCUUCAGCUAUUUCAUCAAAUACUGGAGAGGGGAAUUGCCCAGUGUUCGCUCUAAGUUCCAUGUCCUUUUCCUCCUCUUUGUGGCCUGCAUGUUUUUUGUCAGCCUUGUGAUUCUCUUUGGUUACCAUUGUUGGCUUGUCAGCAGAAACAAAACCACCUUAGAGGCCUUCUGUACUCCAGUGUUUACAAGUGGCCCAGAGAAAAAUGGGUUCAACCUUGGCUUCAUCAAAAAUAUCCAGCAGGUGUUUGGAGAUAACAAGAAGUUCUGGUUAAUACCUAUUGGGUCCAGCCCUGGUGAUGGACACUCUUUCCCUAUGAGGUGUAUGAAUGAGUCGCAGAACCCAUUGCUAGCAAAUGAAGAGCCCUGGGAAGAAAAUGAGGAUGACAACCGAGAUUAUCCAGAAGGAUCAUCAUCUCUUGCUGUGGAAACGGAAACGUAGCAGUUUUCACAUUUCCUGCAUCUCUCAAACAGGACCCUCUAUCUCCAAUGAAGCUCACAGAGUUCAGUGUUGGGAACCAUUCUAAUCUUCAAAAUAAGUCACCAUGGCAGAUUGGAAGCUUCACAAUUUGAAAGCAUCCCAUCAAAUUCUUGCUGUGCAGAUAGAUGUUUCAGGACUUUACAGGUUAUUUAAUUUACUAGCUGAACUCAUCAAUCUGGUAGCAAUUAAUUCAAGCCAGUCUUCCUCUGCUUCUUUCUUCAUUUCCCCUCUCCCCAUCUGUGAAAGCCUAAAUGUAACAUAUUUAUCUUUCCAGAGGCUCUUUUCAUUACUCUUGUCAGGUAAAGGGGAACUCAAAAGACUUCCUUGGAGUCUUUAACUUCCCUAGAAAGGCUGUUAAUCAUAUCUAUAGAGUCUUUGUUUUAUUGAGGGGAAUCAGACUAGCUUGCUGCUUGUACACAUGUGCAUUUAUAAGCAUGCAUAUGUGCAGCAUAUUUACACAAAAUUCUUCUGUGGUGUUGUGAAAAUUUAGGCUUAAAAAAAUCUGAAGUUUUUAUUCAAUCAUAUUUUUUUAAAUAGCAAUUUAAAUAUUUGCUGAGCUGUGAACACCUUCCCUAUAUCAGGUACCUAAAAUUCAAGAGGGAGAUUCAACACUGUGAUCAAGGUCCUCAAAUUGGGAAUUGAACAACUAUGUAAAACCUGUUCUCUGUCAUAGAUGUGUGAUAUUCCUGAAAACACCACAGCUAAGAGAGAAGAUCAGAUCAGAUUUCCAUUUUAUUUAACAUAAUGAUCAGUGUUUUAAAGACUUUUAAUGCCACACUGUGGUAAAAUUCUCCAAUAACGUUUAUUCUUUUCUCUGCUACCUAGCUUUAUUUUAGCCUUUAUGAAUUACUCUUAUGAUGAAAGAAAAACUAUAAGCCUAAGUUAUUGACCAUUGGCUUUGUUAAGGGGUUUAAGGAUGAUGUUCAGGUUUAAUUACAAUACUGUUAAUAAGGGUGAAGUUUCACAGUUGAAAUUAGCCUAAGGAUUAGCACUAAAGAUAUUUUUUUUCACAACAGGGAUUAGUGUACAGAUAGUGAAAAACCUAACAGUAAUAUGCCAACUCUUUCUCUUUUUUCUUUUCUUUUCUUUUUUUUUAGUUCCAGUAGUAGUGCAGCCAUUAAGAUAGUUUACAUCCAUUUCCCAAUUUAUUUAUAAUAAGCCUUUAUUUUAGUCCUAGUGCCUGAAUCAAUGAGUAUGGACAUUAAUGCUGCUUCUCUAUAAUAAUAAUACCUAAGAGUAUUGAUGGUUUUCAUUUCUCAGUCAGUGUCAUAGUGCCCAGCUGCUAACAAUAGAAGUCCCAACUCUUACAGAGAUCAGUGAGUUAGAGGCAUCGUACUGAUAUCAAGUUAUUGAGCUCCUAGAGGGAUGUUAGUUUUGCUAAAUUAUUCCCCCUAAAACCUUUUUGAGUAAAAAAGAAUUGCCUGCCACAAACAGUUCAGUGUUCAGAUUCCAGUAGAGCUGUGAAUGUGAGCAAUUCAGCUACUUAAAGCAACAAAAGACAUGUUCAUUUGAAUCCUCUAGGUAAUUUUGGUCACGGUAAGACUUUCAGCAUAAAUUAAAUGGAUUGUGAUUGUGGCCAGCAUUUCAUUUGAGAGGAUACUAGACACGACUAAAUCUAUUAGGGCCAGGGACUGUUUCUCAAACUCAGAUGCCAAGAACCAGCCUAGAGGAUUAUGCACACUGGGUUUCAUGAAGAAAUCGUGUAUGUUCAGAUGGGAAGAUUUUUUUUCCCCUUCCUCUUUCCCUUUAAAACACUCUCUUGUUUGGGUUUAUCUUGAAAGCUUAUUUGAUCAUCCACAUGGUCUUAUGUUUGACAAGCCUUGCCUUAUAUUCAUAUAGAAAUGCACCUUUCCUAAAGGUAGGGCUGUUGCUUACUCCACGGCCAGUAGGCCUCAAAGCAAUCUUUCCCAUCCAUCAUCUUCUGCCAAGAGUUUAGGCAGAAUAGCCGCUAACUAUGAUUCAAAGUCAUGAAGGAAUCAAGAACUUAUUUAAUUAAUAGAGUGUAUCAGCACUCAGCACUCAUAGAAAUCAGGUCAUAAAAGACAGUGUCAGGGAACUACAAAAAAGCACUGGAAGGGUAAAGCUCAGGAAAGCUAUAAUGCAAAGUUGAUUGUUUAAUGUCUUACAGACUUACACUGUUUUCAAAAGGCCAAAUAAAUCAGGGUUUUACCUGGGGGCUUAGGGGAAUAAAGAAACCCUAUUCCUAUCUCUGAACCUUUAUUCUGAUAGCUUAUAGAUUCUGAUAUUAUCCCCGUUAUAGGUCAUUGAGUAUUGACUUCUGUACCUAGACACCACCACCACCCCCAAUUGGUUGACUAUUUAUAAGGAAGACAGACAGGUUUGUUUGAUAAUUAGCAUACCCUGAUCUGGCUCCUUUGCUUGCUUUUCCUUGGGGCCAUGUCCAAUAACCUCCGUGGGAUCUCAUUCCCCAAUCUUUGGUACCCAUCUUCCCCAUCUGCAAAACAAAGACACUCAUUGUUAGGAUCAUACAGGUGAAAGGUGCUAUAUAACUCCCCAGUGCUCUUAUAUAUCCUUCAUUGCAGGAAUGGAAUGCAAAGUUUAACCAGAACAGUAUUUCUAAGCAAAUCAGUGUGCUCCAUUCUUUCUUCCACGCUCUCAUUGAUGAUUUGUUCUUGCAGAACUUAGAGUACCUUAUUAAUGAUAUUCCAUUCAUUCCAACAAUGUCCUUGGAAAGAGGCGGAAUAGAAGUGAUUUUCCCCAUGGUACAACCUUAAAAAUUAAGGACAAAAGAAAUGAAGCACCCUCCAAAAGCACAUAGCUCUCUGGGACAGAACUCACAGUUGCCAUGUCCAGUGCACCGUUAGAGUGACUUGGCUUCCCAGUACUGGGAUAACCAUGGAGCAGCUUAGAACACUGAGAGCAAUUGGGGCAGGACCACAUUUCAGAAGAGUCUCACUUUGUCCAAAAGCUGAAAGUAUGCAAUUUAUACAAUUCUUAUUUUCUAUGUGAUAGAAAUGUAAUAUGUGCCUCUUUCCCCUUCUGGCCCCAUGUGACACAUAUAUUUCACACUGUGUGGCAUCAGCCAGUGCCAUUAUGUCCUCUGGCACCCAUAGAGCCCACUCUCAGGAUUGUCUUUGCCAGAGAAAAGAAUGUGCUUCCUCAUGUUUAUGCCAAGUUGCACAAAGUGUAGACAUUGAGAUUAAUGAAUAUUUAAGCACAAUCCUAGCAGUAUAAGAAUAUUGAAUAUACAUUAUUGUAAUGUGCAUCUGAAAUUUAAUAUGGCCCAAAUUCAUAGGAAUGUAACAGUCAUGCAAAGCCUAUCCCUUUCACCUAUCAUCACACAUAUAUAUCUAUACAUGUGUGCACACACACAGUGCCCCCAAAGCAGGCUGCCUGGUCAUCAGGAGCAAAUACUUUAAAGGAAUGAGUCUCUGUCCUCUUAGAAAAAAGUCCAACAGUCACUGCAAGUGAAUAUUCCAUUCAUACAUUCUAAAACUUCUGCUCCUAGAGUAGCUAAGGUACUCAGUUGGUGCCAAAGACAUGUUCUGUGCCUCUAUCAGAGUCACAGAAGGCAUGUGACAAGAUUGUUAGACCUUUCCACAAGUCUCAUGUUCUUUGAAAAUUCAUGAGUUCCAUCCAAUCAGUAGUAAAUAGUUUAUGAGGUAUGGUACAUCUGCAUUUCUUUAACCAGAGCUAUAAUGUACCAUAUUAAAUUGUAGUCUUUUGCAUGCAGGUAUUAUGUAAUAUAAUAAUGAACGGAUGGCACCUAAUAGCAUGCAACCCAUGACCGUUUACUUCCCCAAAAGGGCUAGGGCUGUGUCCCACAGUGUUCAAAACUAUUAAAUGUAUUCUUUGUAGCAGCCUCGUAUAUGGCCAUCAGCAGAUUGAGUUAGACAUGAAUGCAAUAUAUCAGGAAAUAGAUUCUUAGUAGGGAAUGGUGUUAAAGGGGAAAAAAAACAGUAAGAUAAGAUGCAUUUAAGGAAUAAUGGCUGUCAUCCUGCUGGCUAAAUCAGCAAAGGGAUGCAGCAGGAAAGCCUGUACUGGGUCGUGGUAAUAUAUGAAAUGCAUUGGAGAGCCAGAAAAAGAAAAGCACUGGAGACCUCAGCAGUUAAGCUCAAGUUGCCAAUUUGCUACAAAUCCUUUUUUCCACCAAUCUGCUCAAAGUAAUUGUAUAUAAUAUUCUUAAAACCAUGUGUCUUGCUACAAAAAUACCCACAAAUACUGACCAGCUUUAUCUUCCUAAGUUCUUUAUUAAAAGCAUAUGCAUAAAAUUGUCAUUUCUUUUCUAUAUUAUGGAGUUGUUAAACAAUGUUGGCAAAGGCUAAAAUUUCAGACCACCUUGAUGGAAGUUUCUAUACUUCUCAUUUCAUGGGUAUAAUAGUGGAGUUUAUUCACUCCCAGGUUGAUUUGUAUGUGGUAUGUAGACUCUUCUGUAACAUCUCAUCUUCCAAACACCCCCUAUUCCUGUGCUCAGUGUUUCUUAUGUUCCUACAUGGAUAUUAGUUGGGAAAUUAGCAGCAAUGGCUUUCUGGUAGAAUGCUGACUAGUCUAAUGUCACUUAAGUUCAGUCUGCUCAGCCUCACACAUCUUUUGCCUUUCCCUCUGUUAUUGUGAUAAGUAAAAAGAAAGAGAAAACUUAUAUGUCUAAGGGUGAUAUGAACUCUGGUUUCCUUUUUCUUACAGUGAAGACUAUGUUUAUUAUUCUCCAGAUGCAUGUUACCUUAAAAAAAUACAAUGAUGCUGAGAAAAAAUACAAUGAUGAAAAAAAUGAAAAAAAAUACAAUGAUGCUGAGAAAAGAUUACAGUGGUCCACUUGCUCCUAAGUUAUAUCUUACCCUCAGGGAAACAUUUGGAGAGACCCUUAUUCAGUAAGCCUCAGAUAAGCUUCCCCUCAAUAGAUGCUUCAUUUGCACAAAAAAAAUCAUUUUAAGACAGAAUUAGCCAACAAGAAGGCAGAAGUCAUUGAAAAUGCAGAGCACUGAAAGCUGAAGUUUGAAACAAAAUUGCUGACCAUGACUAAAUAAUAAUGGAGAAUCACUUUGGAAAGGCCCAACCUGUAGAGGUCAGACUUAACACAAACCAGAAAGAAGUCUUUUAUUCCAGUUAAGCUUAUUUUAAAAGUACUUACUUAGACUAGGUAGACCUCAGAACAUCUCAGUUGAAAAAUCCCAUUUCAUUUAUUCCAGUGCAUCAGCUACAAACAGCUUUAAUUUGCAUAACAAACACAAUGUAAAAAAUUCAAAUACCAGAAACAAAUGUAGCUGAUGAUUCUAGAUUUUAAAAAUGCAUAAAAGAGGAGACCUUUAUACAGGAAUCUUAUUUGAGUAGAGGUUACUAAGGAAAUUCAAGACAUAGAUGUUUAAAAGGAAGCUUUAAUUUAUAGAUAUACGUAAAAUGGUUCAUACAGGAAUGUGUAAAGAUAUAGACAUGUAUUUUCUUGAUGUUAUAAACAACAAAAUUUACAAAUUAAUUUUCUCACCAAAUGUAGGGACAUUGAAAAAUUAGUUUAUUUUUGAAUGUUAAAAUACUCAUUCUCACACAGUAGCAUGUUUCAUUGUUUAGACUUUCACGGGGUGGAAAAUUUAUGAUAGUAAAAAGUACAUUUUAAGCAAACUUUUAUUAAAAGUAUUUGAAUAUGUUUAUGGUUUUAAAAGAAAUUUUCCUCAUAAACCUUAACUGAAGUAUUUAUAUCAACUUUGCAAAUUAGCACAAUAUUAGACCCAGAUCCUGACAAUGUUGGUGUUGACAAAAAAAAAAAAAAAACCCACAAUGUGAGAGCUGUGAGCUCAGUUUUAUUUGGGGCUAAGGACUAUAGCCCAUGAGACAGCCUCUCAGAUAGCUCUGAGGAACUACUCUGAAGAGGUUGGGGUUUGGGGGAAGUCAGUAUAUGUGUGAUUUUGGUGAAAGGGGUAUAUGCAAUUAAGCACACAUCUCAGUAGAAGGUUGCUGCUAGUCACAGGGAGCAGUUGUCUCCAUUAAUGAUUUUAGUGCUUUUCUAGGUAUGAGA